AUGCACAAAUACCUGCAAGGAAAUGCUGCUGCAGCCAAGAAGCUCUAUGGAAGCUUAUUGUCAAAAGCUCCAGCUGAAUAUAGACGACACAGAACCUUUGCAGCACUUCGUGUGCGAGAACUGGGAUUGUUUAUACCACUACUUCAAAAGCUUGAAAUCACAAACAUUGGUGCUAUUGUUGAAGAAUCUGUUGAAAUCAGCAAGCAAGAGGUAAUUGAUAUUCUCAAAAUGCCAUUGGUCUCAAAGACCCCUUUAACUGACUUUAUCUUCAAGAAGAAACGUUUCUGUGAUGAAUUUGUCAAGAUAAACCAACCAGAGUAUAAGAAUGGAGAGGUGACUUCCAAAGAGGGUAGGCAGAUGUCAGUGAAAGUACUGCAAAGAAAAUCAACCGGAGAGAUUUUGUUUGUUGAAGGAGGGGUAGAUUUUAUUGACUUUAUUUUUAGUUUUCUAACCUUCCCCUUGGGGGGAGUGUUGCAUAUGCUUCAAGGAUUCUCUUCUUUAAGCUGCAUUGAUAAUUUAUAUAAAAGCGUAACUGAAUUGAGUCCAGAUACAUAUCUAACGUCACAAGAACUUAAAGAUAAACUAACUAAGCCUCCCAUUGCAGCACAAUUUGAGCUCAGCAAUCCAACUUCACCAAUUUCUGCAGAUACCUUGCCUGUCUAUUAUUAUCAUACUUACUAUAAUUCCCAGUGGAUUCGCUCUCUUCGUAUUACAUAUUAUUGUUGUGUUUCUGAUGAUAGGUGUGUGCUUUUGAAUUUUGUUGAUCCUAAGUAUUCUGCUUCAAAAUCAUCAAGUUGUGGAGAAUUUGCAAAAGGACCAUCAGUAUACAUGGUUACAGAUGACUUAGUUGUGACUCCAACCUCAUCCUUCAAUGCUAUUUCACAUCUGAAGAGUUUAAACGUUCCCCUAUCUGAUGUAGAGGAAAAAGUGGUUAGAAUUGGUGUGAACGAGGUAAUUCACAACUUAAGACUUUUCGCGUUGUUAUUGCAAUUAAUUUUCAUUUCCAUACAUUAUUACAAUGCUUUAUUUGUUUACAUGUUGCAAGGUCUCAGCAUUCUGAAGGCUUCAUUGACAUCAACGUCUGCUUUGACAAAUGGUCUCAACUCUCAACCAAUUCUUAACAACAACCAUUAA